CCACACCCCAACAACACCAUUGUUUUUGCUGUCUACAACUAAGAAUGUCCAUAUGGUAGUGUAAGCAAGGCCAAGCAAGGCAUGAAGAAAGGGAUCAGUAUUGCCCUGUGUGCGGGUGUUCUGGUGGCAGUCGGAGGGUUUUUGUAUAACUCGUGGGACGUACGGCAAUUCCGACCACCAGCCGCUGCAGAACAUCAGGUCCGCUCCAGUGCCACUCACCACCACCACCACCACAUUAAUAAUAAUAAGGAUCAAGAGGACAACUACAACAACACAAUGAUGAUAGGGACACAACCAACGAGACCGAGCAAUCUUUGGAUCUAUGCGGAAGUCUGGCACGAAGGAAUGGCUGGUUGGAAGGAGACUUUUACCGAACUGCUUUCAUUGGCGUACAAUUUAAAAGCCACAUUGGUGGAACCGUGCUUGGCAGGUGGGAAACGAAUUGGCUGUGGCUUGUUCCUGGAAAACAACAACAAAGCUGUCAUGGCUGACAACAACAACACGCCAGUAGUAAUUCGAUUGGGAGACAUGUUUGAUCUUCAUCGAGCACGCACCCACUUUUAUCCCCACAUUGCCACCUACGAAGAAUUCCUGCAAGCACAACAAGAACAGCACUCCACUACUGCCAUCAAAACAUUUCCUGCCUGUCUCAAAAAGGGAGGAACGUGUCCUGUGUCCCAUCUCAAGCAUAUGAUUAUUGGGGGUAACAACAUCAACCUGGAACACUACAUCAAUACUACCUUUCAGCAAAAGGAACAACCCGACUUGGAUUCCGCCAUUCAAUACAGUCAAGAACAUCCCAACACCAUGACCAUUAUUGCUAUUUCCGACAUUCGUAAAAACAGUUUGCGAUUAUGGAAAAGGGGAACGGGGCGAAGAGCACAUCGCCUCGACAAUGCCUUUUCCAGUCAAGACCUGCUCCACUUUCCACCGCGUCAUUAUCAAGUCGUCGACGCCAUGUUGGAACACUACCUGCGAAUAAAGCCCGGGACGCCCUAUGCCGCUCUGCAAUGGCGACCUGAAGUCAUGCGCGACGAUUACAUGCCGUGUGCCCACGCCAUUUUGGAAGCACGAGACAUUAUACUCCAACAGCAACUGCCUCCAAACAACACGAGCAGCAGUAGUGCUGGUAGUCUGCCAUUUGUGCUCAUUUCACCCUUGAGUUUGGUACCAUCGCUCCAAUGGGAUGGAGUUGCUCUCGCUGCCGAUGCCAGUCCCAACACGUCCUAUCCAUCCCUACAACUACUCCUGGACCGGGGGUUUCGGAAACUCGAACAGGGAUAUACCACGUACAUGGCGCAACAGACACAAAACAACCGUGAUACUCCGGAUCUGCUAAAGGACAUUAACCUGGACAAUAUGGACAAAACCUUGUGGACCAUUUGGGAGUUCAUUCUGGGGCAGCGGGCCAAGGUAUUCACAACAUGUAGUGGAUGCGACAAGGAUAUGGACUACUGCAGCUUUUGCAACUACCAAGGAUCGGCAUCCAAGUACGCUCUUUAUUUACGGGAGCAAUACACACAAGAACAAGAACAACAAGAACGAGGCAAGGAGAUGAUUACCAAUCGCUGCUGGCCAUCCAAUAAAACGUUGACGCCUCCACCACCUGCCAGAGGAAGACGAAAAAAGGAGAAUCGAUGAUGCUAAAAUCGUAUGAAUGGAUGAUGAUGAUGCAGAAACGCCUUUCUCCACUAUUGGAAUCAUACAAUGACGCCGAGGCCGGUAGCUACGGUUUAGGCUCCACUGCUCGAAAGGACCACCGGCAUGCCCGUGACGUCAAACCAAUAGCAAGCAACUAUGAGCAAAAUUUUGGAUCGACUCUAAGAGUUCUACUAGAGUUACGUAGCUCUGGCUAGCGCUGGCAAAAGCGGUUGGUAGAAGCUUGUCGUAGUGACUGUCAAAGUUUUGAUUCUUGUCUUCGUUGGUGGUGGUGGUUUGUCAGCGCCGUUGCCGAAUGCAAAAAGGGUCGUAGCACUUGCUGUACAUCCGAGUCCGGAAUGGAGUCCAAGACUGCUGACGACAAAAACUGAAAGUCGUGAAAUCCAGGAGCCACAGGUUCGGCAAGGAUACUGUAGUCGGUAUAAAUCUCUUGGCGGGGCAGGAGACGACCGCACUUCCAUGUUGUGUGAACCCUCGGCAGAUGGGUCUUGCGAACUAAGAGGACAGGGCAAGUGUGACCGGAAUCGAAUCCUCAAUCUGCAAUCGGGAGAAUCUCAAUCGAAUAUAUUCAAUCUCGAAACUCGAAACCACUCGCCCAGAAACUCCUCCACGCAUCCAUCUCCAGCCUGAUCUGAUCUGUGCCAUACGGUGCUUUCGCUAUGCGUGCUUCGUUCGCACAGCAAAAGGCACGGUAGCGUGCUAGAGGUAGAGAAACUCAUCUUCACUCUUUUCGAGGGGCAGAAUCGAAUGAUCAACUCGACUCUUCGUUCCUUGUGCAAGCGAAGAGCAGGAAGCAACUGAAAAGCAUCGAAGUGAAAAGUGGCUUGGCUGUGAUGGCUGCUUAGGCACACUGAAACACCCAUUGAAAUGAAAGGGGUAGAAUGAUAUUCUGUAACAUAGAUGGAUUUCACUGAGUUGACCUGAGAGCUAUACCGGUACCUUGUACUUCCUGCGGUUCAGAUCCAAAGUACGGUUGCAACCAGCGGCUGGCUGGGUGGCAACGAAAGUGAGUACUAUACUCAGUUUAUCUAUGGCGGGUAGACUCUCGAUCCGCCUACCAGUACUAUCAUGCCUCAACGGCGGGAAUCCAAUCGUUAGCGGAUAGGGACCGCUGGCUGCCUUCAACAUGAGCCAAACGCACGGAUAAAUGAGCUCUGCAGAUACUCAAACCUGCAUCCCGUGCCUUAUUACAGCAUCCUCGAUUGAGAUUGAGCUACGGUGUGGAAAUAUGCGCAGAUAGCGUCUAGUUGAGCUAUGCAACCGGAUAGAUUGAUACACUGCUUCACUCUCUCUUAGACUACUACUGGUAACUGGUCAUCAUCAUAUGUA